AAAAGUUUGUUGUGGUGGUGGGUGUUAGAGAAAGCUAAACUUUCGUCCUUGUUAUCAGUGUUUUUCUCACUGAUAACAGCUACCCGGCCUUGACGCUAAAGGUGCGCAGUCCGCUCUGACAGCUCAGGUAAUAGACCUUACCUACCCACUCACCCGCACCGCACUCGUCACUACCCUGAAGCUAGCAUUCGAUCAGCGAUUUUCCAGUUUUCUCGACAUUUUCUCGACACCUUCCACUCCCCUUCCCUCCCGUCACAACUUUUUUUUCAAGGUAGCCAGGCGAUCCGUGGGAAACUGUCUCUAGCCAUCCUACUCAUGUCGGGUGUCGCAGACGACAGGUACAAACACAAACUACAACGGUAAGGGAAAUAACCUCGGCAGUACCAGCGUGUCCGGAAUGUGGUCAGGAUGCGUGCUUUGCCUCCGGGGUCAGAGGUCAACAGCUUUAUUUUUCGGUUGCCCCCGAGCUAACUCACCCGCCAUCCGGGUUCGCGCAUGCGUGCCUGCUGUGGGAAAGCCUGUGUUCUGCUCUUGCUGCCAGUGGAUGGGUGGAUGUCUCUAAAGACAACAGACUUCUCUAGCGAACCUCGUGCGGACCGGUGAAGGCUGUCGGCGGAUGUAAGUACAUGUACUGUACACACCUGUGGCAAGCCCAGUAUGUCGAGGUUAGCUUAGGGAAGACAAGACGAAGUAGACAUUUUCGUUCUCAGCGGUGUGUGCUAUGUGAUCGUGGGAGUUACUAGCGACUCGGACAGAUGACUGAAAUCGAAAGAUUUUUUAGAGGAAGUCUUCCCCCGGAAGUAAAUGAUUCACUGAAAGGGUUUCCUGCAGGUCAUUCACCAUGCAUGAGCCCUGUGUCACGACUCAGUCACGAGAAGUAGGACACAGUGACGGAGCUCACGACUGGGCUGUGACGUGUGUGACGUUUUGAAAAUCAAAGCCAGCAACAACAUGAAAGGCGUUGGUGACGUUGUGACGAUGACGCACACACCAGGACGGUCCGAGUGCGGCGUGUCGUGAUGGUCAUCAUGGUUUCUAUGGCUACCGAUCGGUUUCCUCUGCGAAGGAACAGGCGUUGGUGGUGUGUGACGUCACGGACCAGCGUCUGAGCCUGACGCCCGCACGGCGUCUUCUAUACCACGUGACCCUCGUCGUCGUUUUGAGCACGUGUGUAGCCUUGGCGACCGCGGCGAACACGACCAAUGACGAGGGCUUCUGCCAGACCCGUUAUCUAAGCUCCGGUGGCAACGUGUCGAGAGUGACGUCACAAGCGGUGGGCGUGGCCGCCAUAUUGGAGAUGCGGUCCCCCGCUGGGAGGCAGUGCGGAGAGGUGUCUGGGGUGAACCUGCAGGUCGCAGCUGCCCUGCUGUGGGCGGUACAGCUGCUCAAUGGCGACCUUUCACCUCAAGGGGACUCCUUCAUUCCAGGCAUUCACCUAGAACUUCAGGUAUAUGAUGAUUGCAGUCAAGAAAUUCUAGCGGCCAGACUGGUCAGUGAGGUGCUCAACAUUCACCCCAACAACUGUGUGCUGGCACGACCACCUUUAGCAGGUGUGAUAGGUACAAGUAUCAGCCCUACAACCACUCGAAUUGCCAGCCUUCUAGCCGACACUCACGUUCCUCAGUUCGGGGUGUCGGCGACCUUGCCCGAGCUGAGUUACUCCUCUCUUUACCCGUCUUUUUUCAGGACAGUGCCCUCUGACCUCAUGCAGAGUAAGGUACUAGUCCAGAUGGUCACGCGACUCAAGUGGAAUUACGUGGCUGGAAUGUAUACACGUGACAACUACGGCACACAAGGUUUCCAGGAGUUCAAACGACUAGCAGCAGAGGCCGGAAUUUGCAUCUUUCGAGAACAAUCCUUCUUGCAUUCUGACUCGGACAUGGAGGAUCAAAUGGAAGUGUUCGUUCGGAUGCUGCUGAUUGACAUGGUGAACACGGGGAACAGUCUCGGGGUUGUGUACUUCGGCCAGAGUCUUGAGGCUCGCAGACUCUUCCAGAUGAUCCAGGACCGGCGGGCAAAGUGGCACGACCAGCAGAAGUUCAAUCAGAUCCACUGGGUGUUUAGCGACGGGGUAGGCACGUCCGUCGAAGUAGCGAAAAGAAUCACCGAGUAUUCCAGCACCUUCUUGUCUAUCAGCCCAGCUCCACUUCCGCUACGCGACUUCCGGCGAUUUUUUGUCGAUCUUCUCCGCUCUUCGCAGAAGCCAGACCCCUACUGGUCCACCCUCCUGGCGGAGUACAUCGCACAGAAACUUCCGUGUGAUCCCGGGGCUUCAAGCUCGUGUGACGUGGAAAUGUCAUUCCACAUCUCCGACUACCUGCCAGCAGCCCUGGACGCCAUUUACAGCCUGGCGGCGCUGCUGAAGACGGCGCACAAAUUGAGGUGUCCAGGUGGAGGUCUUUGCCCGGAGCUAAUGGAAGCUGUCAGGGGAGGACUGCUGCAGAGUGUUCAGCCCACGGCUUUGAACUACUCCGAGUUCUUCGACAACGACUACGUGCCCGAAGAGUUCCGGAACAACCGGGUCCUGGUGUCGAACGAGUACGGCGACUUUGUUGCAGCGAAUAUGCCGCUGUACUACAUCAGCAUGGCACGCAGCGGUGCCUGGAAAAAGAUUGGAGAGUACACCAACGGCUCAGUUAGCAUCGACGCCAGCGCCGACUUCACGAACGUUGGCUCCUCGGAGUGCCGUACAUCCUGCACCCAGUGUCGCCGCUCUGACACCUCGGUCUUCUACCACCAGCCAGGUGAUCUUUUGCUGCUAGGCCUGUAUUCGAUACACAAGCCAGAGUCGCCCACCAGCUUCCGGUGCGGCCAGUACCGAGGUCAGAGUUCAUCGGUUGUGGCGCUGGAAGCUUUUCUGCAGACUCUGCAAGCGCUGGCCGCAGACGAGGGGCACCAACCCGGGGUGGCGUACCCGCGCGUGGGAGGGUUGGUGCUGGACGACUGCUACAACUCGCUGACUGCGGUGUCGCUGCUGUCGGGGUUAUUUAGUAAGAAGAUCAACUUGACAUCCAGUUCGACAGGGGAGGUAAUAGACAUGGACAAAGUUGUGGCCGUCAUCGGUUCCCAGUCCUCGACUGUCACCUUGAGCUCGCUAAGCGUGCUGACGCCUUUGCGCAUGCCCAUGAUCUCUUACUCGUCCACUUCCGCUGACCUUAAUGACAGAGUUAGCUACCCUUUCUUCUCCCGCACUGUGCCCAGCGACUCUGUGCAGGCACGCGCUCUGCUGAACCUGGCGAAGCUGAUGAAUGUGACGUAUCUGGGGGCCUUUCAUCAAAACAACAACUAUGGCAUACGAGGCAUGCAAAGUUUCAUUGCAAUGGCGGAAGAAGCUGGUGUUUGCGUAGAAACUUCUAUACCUUUGGAGGAAAGUACGAGUCAAGUCGAGCUGCUGUCUCAUCUGAGAUACUUAGGUAACCAAGAUGUUAAGGUCAUUGUAGCGUUUGUGACUCAGCCAACGGCUGUCAACAUUUUGGAUGCUCUACAAGGUUACUCUGUCAACUUUGUCUUCCUGGCCAGCGAGGCCUGGGGCACAGGCCCGGGCACUCUCCAGGGUGUGAGAGGCAUGAAGGCGCGCGGCUCCCUGGUGUUGACUGUUGACACCACCAGAGAAGUCGGCGGGGUGGACAUGGAGACUUACCUGAGGGGACUGACACCUGCUUCGGCAAUCACCGACACUUGGACACGUGACAUGUGGGAGGCACUGAUGAUGUGCAACCUACCUGGCAGCUUCGAGAACGAGUACCCCAGCCCCUGCAACCAGUCGGCCCGUAUUCUAGCUGACACCGUGAAGACGCUGGCCCACGACCAGAAGGUGGUUCAGACCAUCAACUCUGUCUACAGUGUGGUCAACGCCCUUCGAUCACUGUGCAGUUCUCAGAGCUCCCAGACAGCGGCUGCUGAGUGUGCCGCGCGAGUGGACGGCGAGGGGCUAACGAGAGCGAUACGGACGGUGGAGCUGCGGGACAAGUCUGGCCAGACUUUCCGGCCGUUUCUGGACUCUGGCAACGGCAACACUGGCUUCACGGUGUACAACGUGCAGAAGACUUCCAGUAGCGGAUAUGCCUACGUCAAGGUGGGUAGCUACGACCCGUCAACCGGACUGAACGUGCAACGAGGUGACCUCGUCUUCUACAACCAGCUGGGACAGCCUCAGUCCGCGAUAAUCUCCUCGUGCGCCCACAAAGACCGCUGCGCCAUCUGCAACAACGCAGAAGUCACGGCGACCCCAGGCCCCUUGGCGCAGCCCACAUCGCUAAAGCAGGACAACAGCGGACCUUUGGUGGCCGGGGUGGCAGUGCUAGGCGUGGUCUGCAUCUUGCUGCUGGUGUUGCUGGGCGUGGGUGUGCUGCUGGCCCGCCGCAGCAGGGUCUUGACGCUGAAGAUCUUCGGGCGGUACGGCAGACGGAACGGUGCGCACACCAACGGUAACAACGGCCUCGAGUCACGACGAGACCCAGGGAGGAUCAACUCGGCCUUUACCCCCACGUCCCCGCGAGUAAGCCUGCCGUUACCUCCCUUGCCGACCGGAGACUACGAUCGCUGCAGCCUCUCUUCUCCUUCACCGUCCACCAAUUCUCAAGCAGCCCGCGAGCCCACGCCAAGUCUGAGAGGACAAACCUCGCAACAGUCUCCUAGCAGGAUGCAACACCCACAGUUUGAAAAUCUGCAACAAACAGAAGCUUUCCGGUUGCAGGAACUGUGGCCCCGACAGCGACAACAACAACAGCAGGAGGAGGAGGAGAAUGUCAGUGGUCUUUGGACAGAAUCACAGGGCAGGCCCAGAUCCUCGUCGACACCGCGACCAGUGAGGCCCAACUUUCUGCCUCUUCGGGAAGCUCGCCAGCUGGAUAAUAAUCACUCGUGCAGCUCCGAAUGUCUCGGAGUGGGUCAAAAGUCACAGAGAGACAACUUCAGGCCGCGGGCCUGGAGCGACGAUGCCGCCGCUGGAAAAAGACUGGGGAAGCUGACGGAACUGGACAGACAACUCAUAGCUUAUUUCAUCAACAGGCAGAAACAGGGUGUCAACACGAGCAGUGGUGUCCAGGAUACGUCAGAUCCUGUUCGACGUGAUCAGUUGACAGCUUUGGGAGCUCAGUACCAAGGUCAGCAGAGAAGGCAAAGCUCCCCUCAGCAUGCUAACCUACAAACUAUGCUUCUUCCUCCCCCUACUGAAGAUGCCAGACCGACGACGCUCCAGGCCAGUCGUCCCCACCCUGUCACAUAUGUACCUGUACCGGCAGGUGGAGCCCUAGGGCAUGGGAUGUACUUGCAUGCGAUUCCUAGCUGUAACAGCAGUCUGUACUUGCACGCCGUCGCAGGGUCGUGCACUGGCCUUCAGACGCCAAACAUCCCAAAAUCGGGAACGGAAGGACAUUCAACUUCCGCCGGAAGUGACGUCGCAUCUCCAGGGCACUUCGUGACUUUCGCCUGUCUCUCCACAGUCUGACGCUAGUAGCUCUGUGUUUGACAGUCCUAAAGAGCGGAAUGAUGUCGCUCUUUUUGCUGACAACCGCAGCAAGGACGGCGGAAAUGGAACUCGAACUCCCGAGACAGCAUUUCAAAGCGCAGCACCCCACCUGCGCAUGCGCGAAUGCCGAUGCAGUCACUAGUGUAGGCAGGUUCUGGAAGGACUCGUCGCAGAACGCUGCAGCGUGUCGCCCAGUGGCAUCGCCGGAGAUGCUGCACCAGGUGGCGACAGUGCCUCUGGAUCCUUCUGCACGAGAUCCGGGGGAAGUGUCCGGCCGAACUGUAAUGCCGGUCUUGGUUUCACCGACAGGUGCUGGGUCUGGUCAGUGCAGCAUCGUGUAUGUGCCAUAUGCCAUCGUGCCGCAGCAGGAUUUAUCCCCAUCAUGGCAAGGGCAGACAAACGACACUCGACUCGCUAGUGCCAGUCCCAGAGUUACCGCCCCUAACAGAAGGCCGAGGCUCGGGACUGGGACGCUGAGAGAUCCGCGGUUUUCAACUGGCAUCGCAAAAAGUAACAGCAUGUCCCAGCAAGGGGCAGCAUUGACACCAGUGACUUACCCGGCAAACACCCCCCCGGCAGACAUAUUGUCGCCGACUGGCGGUGGUGCAGCAGACUGUGAGAGCUUCCCGUACAUUCAGGGAUACCAGCUUACACCCGUGCCACCCCAGUGCGGGCCUGUCUUAACAAACUCCAACAAUUCGAAUCAGUCGUCUACUGUUGAUUCCGGUACUGGCGAGGAUCUACCCGCCACUUACAUUCAGGACGGAGAGGUAGCUGUGGUUAUAUAGACGAGAAACUGCUUAGCCUUUAUUGUGGAAAUUACUUCUUAAUAAUAAAUAUGUGAUUUAUAUAACGCACAAUAACGAUCACGAAUGAGCGUGCACUCAAGUAGGAGACAUGAACAGAUUACGAAGGACUGAAGGAGAAACAACCAUGCAGACAAGUAAUAAAAUGCAGACAUAGAAGACGCAAAGAAGAAUCAGGGAACAAACAGUAAGGAUGGAGUGUGUCAGAAAUCUGAAGAGAAAGACGAACAGACCGACUAAUCAACUGACUAUUGACAACUAUGUUGAUCGGUUGAAGGAUUAAUGCUCGUGGAAGAGAUGUAUCUUCACAAAAGGUUUGUGCGUGUAAGUGUCUGUCUCUUUCUUUCUCUCUGUGUGUGUGUGUGUGUGCGGUUUUGUACACUGGUCGAACAUAUACUACCUUCAUUUCUUCGUGCAUUAUAAAACAAAAUGUUUGCAUGUUUUCUUACUUGGACCAUAAUCUUUAUCAUCAAUAUAGUUACCCCCUCCCUACCCGACACACCACCUUCCAUCGUUCCCCUCCUGUUUUUAAUGCGCUUCCUACCCAUCCUCCACCCCUCAUAAUGCAUCAAAGAACUUUUAGUGACUUCUGCCCUUAGGCCCAGCCUGACACACGUUUAUCUUUUUAUAAAUGCAUUAUUUAAAAUGAGUAAGCUGUUGCGAAAUUUCUGUGUGCAUGUGUGUGUAUAUAUAUAUUUCAUAUUGAUAUUUAUGGACGAGACGAUUGGCAUUAACAGUAUUGCAAAACAA